AUGGGUAAAGGAAUAAAGAAACAUAUGAAGAGAGUAAAUGCCCCCUCUCAUUGGAUGUUGAACAAAAUGGGUGGCCAGUAUGCGCCCAAAACAAGCAGUGGUCCACAUAGACUAAUUGAAAGUAUCCCAUUGGUGAUUUUAUUACGAAAUCGAUUGAAGUAUGCAUUAACAUUUGAUGAAGUGAAAAUGAUAUUAAUUCAAAAAAUUGUAAAAGUGGACAAUAAAAUAAGAACAGAUUGUACAUUUCCUGUUGGUUUAAUGGAUGUUAUUCAUAUAACAAAGUCGAAUGAAUAUUUCCGUCUUUUGUAUGACAUUAAAGGAAGAUUCGUACCACAUAGAAUUACCCAUGAGGAAAGUAAAUAUAAAUUGUGCAGAGUAAAAAAAAUUAUCUUAAGAAAAGGAAGAUUAUCUAUUGCAGUUACACAUGAUGGUAGAAGCAUUCCAUAUAUCCAUCCGGACGUUAAGGCAAAUGAUACAGUUCGAUUAGAUUUAGAAACAGGAAAAGUUCUGGAACAUUUAAAAUUUCAAAUAGGUAGCAUGGUUAUGGUUACUGCUGGACACAGUGUUGGAAGAGUUGGUAUCAUUUCAUCAAUUGACAAGAACAUAGGAACAUAUGACAUUAUUCAUGUCAAAGAUUCUAGAGGAAAAAUAUUUGCUACCCGUUUAAGCAAUGUUUUUGUCAUUGGGGAUAAUUCGAAGCCAUACAUUAGUUUGCCACGAGAGAAAGGAAUCAAAUUGGAUGUCAUUGAGGAGAGAAGAAACAAAUUGAAGGCACAGAAUAAUUAG